AUCCUGCGCUGACCCUCCGAUACCCCCGCCGACUAGACACACGCCUCCGGAGCAACAAGCCUCACUGGGGAAAACGAGCUUUAUCUGCUGUUCAGGAGAGAUGGGCAGCUUGUAUAAGGAUGAGCAGGACGACUGGAUCACAGUGUGUCUCAAGUACCUCCUCUUCGUUUUCAACUUCCUGUUCUGGAUGGGCGGUGGGGUGGUGAUGGGUGUCGGGAUCUGGACACUGGUCGAUAAAGGAGAGUACCUGAGCCUGCUGGCCUCCAGUACAUUCGCCGUGUCUGCCUACAUCCUGAUCCUGGCAGGAGGGCUGGUGAUGGUCACGGGGUUCUUGGGCUGCUGCGCUGUCAUACGUGAGCAGAAGAGCUGUCUGUCCACGUACUUCUCCUGUCUGCUUCUGAUCUUUCUAAUUGAGUUGGUGGCUGGUGUUCUGGCCUACGUUUAUUACCAGGCACUGAGUGAAGAGCUGAAGCAGCACUUGAGAAAGACAAUGACAGAGAACUAUGCUCAACCUGGAAAAGAGAGCAUCACACAUUCUGUGGACAGACUACAGCAGGAUUUCAAGUGCUGCGGGAGCAACAACUCCUUUGACUGGGCACACAGCGUGUACAUCAUGUCCCCAGAAGCGGAGAAAAGAUUGGUCCCUGACAGCUGUUGUAAGACCAUCACCCCUCAGUGUGGAAAGAGAGACCACCCCUCAAACAUCUACAAGGUGGAGGGCGGCUGUAUCACUAAACUGGAGCAGUUUCUGGCAGAACACUUGCUCAUUAUUGGUGCUGUGGGAAUAGGCGUGGCCUGUCUACAGAUUUGUGGAAUGGUGUUCACCUGUUGCCUGCACAGGCGAAUUAAACUGGACCCGUACUGACGGCUCAGAAACGUUAUAUGCCUUUCCUGACACUCCAACACACACAAACACAGCCUGCAUGACCAAAUCCAUUUACAUUAAUAUAAGGGCUUUAUUAUCUUUCAUU